AUGGUUCAUGUUUUCUCUCGCAAGGCAUGGCGCUGUGUAUGGCAUAUGAUUCAGUCACUGGAUCCGAAGGUUUCUAACGUUUCGGCUUGUGUCUACUUUCUGUGGGCUUUAGUAUCCGGUGAUAUCCUUGUCUUCACCAGAUUUGUAAUCCAAUACAUCAUUUAUGUUUCUAAUACAAAUUCAAGUGACAUAAAAAAGAAGAAAGUGCACGAGCCAAAGCUGCAUAUGACCGUAUGUAAGAAUACGAUCAUGUGUAAUUUUAAAUGUAGGUACGCACAAAAUAAUACAACAACAACAACAACAACCGAUUCCAGUUCAUAAAUAAAAACAACAAAAAUAACAAAUAAGUUCCAAACUCGAACAUUAACUACGUACCACCUUAUAAAAACAAAUAACAAAAAAGAACAAAAGUACGACGUUGACAAAAAAAGAAAAAAGAAAAAAAAAACUACCAGCUCGUAUUCGAUUCUAACUCUAACGCCCAUGGAGGGCAGACGGUAUGAUAUUCGUCAAAAUGGAACUUUAGGUGAGAUUUGAAACAGUAAAAAGAACAGAAGAACUCGGGGUCAUAGUCGACCCAACCUAAAACAAUGAAGGUACCUGGGCAACGACAAUGACAAUUGUAGCAAAUUGGUCGUGUAGAACUAUUGUUAGGUAGCACAAAACCCCCCUCACAGAUAUUUCCUCCUGGUUUGGCAUACCUGAUAUCUCCAAGUACACAUAAAAUAUGCAAAGUGACCCCGCUUUCUGAACCAGUGUAGAACCAAGUCUCUGUAUUCGUUUCUCUUUCACAAAUAUCACACCAAUAUUUGUCGCUCGAUUUUUCACCGUAACAGAGAGUGAGUGGAUGAUCAUCAUACCUAGGAAGGCUAACCGUUAAUGGUAGAGUGGCGCAACGAAAAUCCAAAAAAUAAUUGCACUUGAGGCAACCUAUGACGACUUUAGUAUGAUCGAUGCCGCAGCUCUGACAAGUCUUAAAGUGACCGUGUUGUAGUUUAAGGUAGAGUAAAGGAUGAGGAUGACUUCCAUGGAUAAAAGGCACAUCAAUGGAACUGCAUAGCAAGUCAAAAGUCCCAUAUGUAUCAUGGUCAUAGACGAAUCCUUCAGAACAAACUUGAAGACAUGCAGAACAAGCUGUUGGCGAGUCAUCAGACUGUUCCAAUACAGAAAGAUGGAGAGGUUCUGGGCUCAGAAAAUGUCGUUUCUUCUUACGUAAAUUAGCACACAUUUCAUGGAGAAUGAAAAUGCAUUCUGAUUCUGAACAUUUGUAAAAUGUGUAAGAACCGAUGGGACGAACACAUGCUCCACACAAGCUGUUUUCUUCACCGUCUUUCCUGAGGCUCAUGAGGUUAUGUUGAUGAGCGCAGUGAGUAAUUGUGCUGUCAUCAUUCCUCUUGAAUGGCUCGAUGUCUUCAAUUUCUUCAGGUACUCCAUCGAGUUCUAUUCCAUCCCACACAUCUUUCCUUGUGGCGCACAAUGAAUGAAUAGCAUAAUUAGGACAAAGAGAACAUGAAUAAGCCCCAUAUGACCAAUCAAUCUCUUCCCAACAAACUCCACAUCUCCAUUCUCCAGGACCAAGAGGAUACUUGAAGGAUACACGGUGAUCAUGGUGAUUGACAUGAAUGACACGCGGUAAACGAGCACAUUUUUGAUGGAAGGUCAUGAAAUCACAUUGAACACACAUGUAAGGAGAACGAUCACCUUUCGUACCACAGGCAUCACAAACGAAGGAGAUCAAUCUUGGCAUGAGUGUGAGUGUAUGCUCAUGGACCUUGAGAUUUGAAAGAGCGACUGGUGGAGGUCUUUCAAUCGCACAACGCAUAUCCAAGUUGAACUUACAAAUAUCACAAUGAUAAAGGUGAGUGAUCUCUGGUGAGUCAAAUAUGAAGGUACAUCUUGUAUGAAUCACCAACCCGCAACGAAGGCAGCGAUAGCCCUUGCUGUCUUCGUUGCCAAUCUUGUGACAAAAGCUGCACCUAUCAAAAUAUGAAAGACCAAGCACUAGAGGAUGGUGAUGCCACGACAUAUUCAGAUGGAAUGGGGCAGAUCUGUGAUCAGCUAUGCAACCAAUGUCCAAAUUGAGUUUGCAAUCAGAGCAAUGAUAAAGAAGGCGUUUGGUGUUUUUACCGCAUAGAUGACAUUUGGGAUCGGUGUGAUCAGGAGCUCCGGUUGUGAGAAGCUUAAGACAAUGUCCAUCAUGAGAUGGGUGGUCGAAUAUCUCUUUUGCCGUGAACACAUAUACACAUUUCUUGUGAAUAUUAAACUUGCAUUCGCUGCAUGAGUAGCCACCAACAUGCAACUGAUCGCAAGCAUCGCAUUCCAUACCAUCACCUUGGUUAACGACGGAUACAAGAUGCUCGUGUCCACGUACAUUCUCAGUCAUGGCGUUUGCGGUUAGCAGAGGUGGAG